UUUCCGGAGCCGCUUCUGAUUGGAUGGUGUGGCGCAAUGCGCGCGACCCUUUAGCUACCAAACUGUCAGGAAGGUAGACUCUUUCCUCUCCGAGCUCCCGCCCUUAAACUGAAACCCGGGAAGAGACUUCCGGGCUUGGCCUCCGCUGGGCGCCAUAAACUGGCUGGGCGAAUGGUGCCUUGCAUUUGGACCGCUUGUGAGGCCUCCUCAGCCUCGCCUGAGGGUAGGGAGCACGGAUGKCAUUCACCUCGGACCUUCAACUCACAGCACAGACAUCGACAAAUGCCUGUUGAAUAGGACAAAUAAAGAGCCGGGAUGGAGGAAAGCCCUCUUGUGUUUUAGCAACUGUCACCGCCUACUCCCUUCUUCUUCCAGGUCAGGGGGGGGUGUGUCCAUAAGAAAGGGGGAAGUGAUUCUGCCGGCGUUCUCACGCCUGCCGCAUUUCCCUAGCACGGCCUUUAGUUUUUCGCGGAGUCUCUUUUCUCCAGGGUUGAUUCGUUAGGAAAUCACUUAAUCUUUGGCUUCAUUAUUCCCACAUUCUUUUCCUAACUAAUUUCCUGCACUUCCGGAGACUGAAAAAGACUUCAGAGAAGUGGUGUCGGGGGUGGCUAGAAACAAGCAAAGCUUCCCUCCCGGGGUCUCUCUUGGAGAAGAGUAAUCAAGUCGACUACCAAARUCAAUUGUUUUGAUCCCAAGCCCACCCAGAGUUUCAGUGCUCUUUUACUUCCCAGUUCCACUAGAGCAGUGGGCGACCAAGAGUUAUGGAGAAACGCCUGCAGGAGGCUCAGCUAUACAAGGAGGAAGGGAACCAGCGCUAUCGGGAAGGGAAGUACCGUGAUGCAGUGAGUAGGUACCAUCGAGCUCUCCUUCAGCUGCGGGGUCUGGAUCCAAGUCUUCCCUCCCCGAUACCUAAUCUAGGACCUCAGGGCCCGGCUCUCACACCUGAACAAGAAAAUAUCCUGCACACGACCCAGACAGACUGCUACAACAAUCUAGCUGCCUGUCUCCUUCAGAUGGAGCCUGUGAACUACGAGCGAGUGAGAGAAUACAGUCAGAAAGUCCUGGAACGACAGCCUGAUAAUGCAAAGGCCUUGUAUCGGGCCGGGGUAGCCUUCUUUCAUCUGCAAGACUAUGACCAGGCUCGGCACUACCUCCUGGCUGCUGUUAAUAGGCAGCCUAAAGAUGCCAAUGUCCGGAGGUACCUUCAGCUAACGCAGUCAGAACUCAGCAGCUACCAUAGGAAAGAGAAGCAGCUGUACCUGGGCAUGUUUGGUUAAAAAAGAAGAAUGAUGCGCUUCCAUUUGAACUUAGGUGAACCAUUAAAGACCCAUCAAGGGGAAACCUGAGCCUGAGCAAGAGAAAUUAACUGUAUACCUCUGACCCAGGUGGAUUUCUGUUUUGUUUACUAUUCUGCACAAACUUUGUAUUACUUAGACCAUCUGUGUCUGUCUUUUUUUUUUUUUUUUUCCCUAUCCACCUGUUUAUUUACAUGACUUUCAAUAUAUGUUAUUGUUGGCAAUGUUUGCCUUGAAAAAUAACCAGAAAACAU